UUCGGCGUUACCCGAACAAAGAGACGAGGCUACCCCGUCCGUGGUCGUGAACGCUGCCAUUAGAAAGUCGUCGGCAGUCGAUGAACGCGGAACCUCCGCGAGUUUGGACAGAGAGAGCGAGAGCGAGAGGGAGAGAGAUAAAGAGAGCUGGUCCAUCGGUUCGGACGUCGCGAUUAAGUUUUAUCAGCCAGUCUGCCGGGACUCGACAACGGAAAGAGAGAAAGAGAGAGAGAGAGAGAGAGAGAGAGAGAGAGAGAGAGAGAGAGAGAGAGAGAGAGGGAAGGUUCGGAGAGACAAGAGACCCCGGCUUUAGAGAUCAGCUCCAGCUCCGACCCACCGACGGUCGGAAAUCGAUCCGGUGAAACGAAGCGUGAAACGGAAAAGGCGCCUUUCAUCCGCGAGCAGUAAGGAACUCGCGAGGACGAGUCGACGAAGCGAAUUCGCAGGCAACGAGGCGAGCGUUAAGAAACGACGCGUGGACGCUCGCCCGACAAAUCGAUCCCCCACGUACAUCUGUUACUGUGCGCCGGAUUGCAUCCUCAUCGGUGAGGAUCUUCGAGGGACGCUCCGGCGGUUAGCCCAUCGCGCUGGAGGGUCGACGACGUACGACAAGCGCUGUAGAGUGCUACGCAGCGACGUGGCGACGACGCCAUUUUGUGGUGACUGGUACUGUGCGCUUCUUUCGGCAUCAACGCCGUCGAGCUUACUCAUCGCCGCGCCGUGACCCGUGACACGCGCGUAUCUCUGAUCGCCUUCAAUCGGUGUAAAACGGCCUGGAGCGCUUUUCGCUUCCGGAAUCGUGGGUCGCGAGAGACAGCGAGAGAGAGAGAAAGAGAGAAAAAGAGAUAAACAGUGCCCGUGUAUCUGAGCAAGAUCGAGUGCGUCAUCGGCGUGACUUCCAUCCGCGCACCGUCAAUCCCACCGCGAUAGAGAAGAGAGAGAGAGAGAGAGAGAGAGAGAGAGAGAGAGAGAGAGAGAGAGAGUGAGAAUUUUCUAUUGGAUUAUUGUCAUCGACGCUUCGCCCUGGGUCACCACCGACCAUGAGACUGGAAAUCGUGUCGGCAGCAGAUUUUCUGGUGCACCUGCUGCGCCUGCAGGCGGGUCAGCUGUCGGAACGACAACUGGAGAUGUUCAAAUCAUCGUUGACGGAGGUGUUGCGUCACCGUUAUCGGGAUCACUGGUUCCCAGAUCGGCCAAAUCGCGGAUCCGGCUAUCGUUGCAUACGCAUCAACGGUAAAAUGGAUCCGGUGAUCGCGCAGGCUGGUGCGAACGUCGGCCUCUUGCCGACGGUACUGCACAGCCUGUUUCCCAGCGAGCUCACCAUGUGGAUCGACCCGUCGGAAGUGUCGUACAGAAUCGGCGAGAAUGGUUCGAUCUGCGUGCUGUACGAACGUACCGAGGCCGAGAACGCGGAAGAGAUCUCCCAGCAGCAGCAGCAACAGCAACAACAGCACCAUCAGCAGCAACAACAUCAGCAGCAACAACAUCAGCACCAUCAUUCGCAGCAGCAUCAACAACCGCCAGCUAUGCCGUCGCCAUCGCAGCAACAACAACAGCAACAAUUCGAAACCUGCAAAGACUCUCUGUUGCUGGAGCACACGCAAUUCAGCGAGCAGAUCGCCGCGUACGUCUCCAGCUGAAUCGCCGGGCUCGCCGCCGCGCUCGUGUCUACGCUUCUGAAAUGAUCUACUAAGCGCACGUGCAUCUCGUGAUAUGUGAUAUCCCGUGUGUCGCGUCGGACCGGGUAGGUCCGCGCGCUCAACCUUUUGUGAACUCCAAACGUGCGGGCGUCCCUCCUUUGCGUUUUAUCUUCUUCUUCUCUCCAUUCUUGUCCUUUUCCUUUUUAUUUUUCCCUUCCUUUCUCGGUGCACCGAGAAUCUCGAGCGAAGAGUCGAUCCUCGCUGUCUCCUUUCUUCCUUCUCUCUCUCUCUCGCUCUCUCUCUCUCUCUUUCUCUCUCUCAUACACACUCUC